UGUGUACAGUGUACACUGUACAAGUGGUACAAAAUUAGCAAAACAUCAUCGCUCGGGAAUUUUUUAUCAAUUUAGUUUAGAAUGAUAUUUUGCAUUCAAAUAAUUAAAAUAGUGUUUGAGUUAACUUCUUUCCGGAACAGCUACUAAAUGCAUAAGGAGUUCCUUCAAACUUAAUUAUUUGAAGAAAACAAGGAACUAAGAAAAUCAAAAUGAGAAUUUUAAAAUGUGUUUUAUGUGUUUGGGCAUGUAUCAUAUGUUUCCUAAUUGGAAUUUAUGGUGAAAAUGAUAUCUUUAAGUCUGCGAAUAGUAAAAGUAUAGCUGACGAUACCUUUUUCUGGAAUACAAAAGCGUCAAGGUCAAAACGAACUACUAUUCAAAAUGCAAGUGUGACUGAAACUAAUUUAGCAGGCCCGAACAUAAACACGUCAUCCUUAACUUUAAGUUCCUCUACGGAAAGUGCUAAUGUUGUAUAUGAAGUUGGUCCUUCAAAUUCAUCCAUUCUGGCAGUGGUUCCAGUGAAUGCCUCAUCGUCAGUCGCCUCCAAUACUUCCGAAGUCGGUCCCUCAGAUGCGGCUCCGCUUCCUGAGAAGAGUUCAGCUGAAGAUGAGCAUAACAGCUCAAUGGCUAUAUUCUUUGUACUUUGUAUAUUGGCCCUCGGUAUACUUUUGAUACAUCUGAUGUUACAAACUGGCUUCUCUUAUCUGCCUGAAAGUGUCGUUAUAGUGUUUCUCGGUGCUUUAAUAGGUAUGAUAAUUAAUCUCAUGUCAAUAAGGAACAUAGCUAAUUGGAGAAAAGAGGAGGCGUUUUCACCUACUGCUUUCUUUCUUGUUCUCCUACCUCCUAUUAUUUUCGAAUCAGGGUAUAAUCUCCAUAAAGGAAAUUUCUUUCAAAAUAUUGGAUCAAUUUUAUUGUUUGCAAUUGUUGGGACAGCAAUAUCUGCAUUUGUAGUUGGUGCAGGAAUUUAUUUGUUAGGUCUUGCUCAGGUUGUUUAUAAAUUGAGUUUUGUGGAAUCCUUUGCUUUUGGUUCACUGAUCUCUGCUGUGGAUCCAGUAGCUACAGUUGCUAUAUUUCAUGCUCUGGAUGUUGACCCAGUGUUAAACAUGUUGGUGUUUGGAGAGAGCAUCCUUAAUGAUGCUGUUGCCAUAGUCUUGACAACUGCUGUUCUGGAUUCCAAUGAUCCUAACAUGUCCACAACUGAAGCUAUUCUAUCAGCUAUAAACCGUUUUUGGUUAAUGUUCUUUGCAUCUGCUGGUAUUGGAGUUCUCUUUGCUCUAAUAAGUGCACUACUUUUAAAACAUGUUGAUCUCCGUAAGAAUCCAUCUUUAGAAUUUGGUAUGAUGUUGGUGUUUACUUAUGCACCAUAUGUACUUGCUGAUGGAAUACAUUUAUCUGGUAUAAUGGCUAUAUUAUUCUGUGGGAUUGUAAUGUCUCACUACACCCAUUUCAACCUCUCCACUGUAACUCAAGUUACUAUGCAGCAAACAAUGAGGACACUAGCGUUUAUAGCUGAGACAUGUGUCUUUGCUUAUUUGGGAUUAGCAAUUUUCAGUUUCCGACACCGUGUGGAACCUGCGUUGGUGGUUUGGAGUAUCGUGCUUUGUUUACUUGGAAGAGCUGCUAAUAUUUUCCCUCUCGCUUUACUUUGCAAUAAGUUCCGGGAGCAUAAGAUAACUAAGAAGAUGAUGUUUAUUAUGUGGUUCAGUGGAUUACGGGGUGCGAUUUCUUACGCAUUAUCUCUGCAUCUAGACUUUUCGACGGAGACACGUCACGUGAUCAUAACAACUACACUUAUCAUUGUUCUGUUUACUACUCUAUUUUUUGGAGGUUCCACCAUGCCUUUGUUGAAGUUUUUGAGGGCUAACAAGAAGGUAAAGCGAUCAAGGUCAUUGCGUAAACAGAAGGAAGUGAGCUUGUCCAAAACAAAGGAGUGGGGUCAAGCCAUCGACUCCGAGCAUUUGUCGGAAAUAACUGAAGAGGAACUUGAGGUUAACUACUCGCACGCAACGAGACUCAAAGGCUUCGUAAGGUUCGAUAUGAAAUAUUUGACACCGUUCUUUACAAGACGAUUUACACAUCAGGAAUUGAAGGACUGCAAGAGCCAGAUGACGGAUCUCACCAACCAGUGGUACCAGGCCAUCCGUAUCUCUAACGACCACGACACAGACGAGGACGAGGCCUUGCCGCCCUCCUCGCUGGCCGACUCGCGCACCAGCCUACAGCGCGGCGUGUAAAACCCCUAUACUCGGAGAGGUCAGACUGAACUGCAGCAUCAUCGUCAGCCGAGAACGUCCACUGCUGGACAUAAGUGUCUUGUAGGGACUUCUACACGCCACGGUCUUGCGCCGACUGAAUCCUGUGGUAUCCUGCGCGACUCUUUUGUUGUUGUUUUUCCACCUUGUGGGGGGUCUACCAAUGCUGCGUUUUCGAGUGCGAGAUCGUGCCAUUCCUAAUACCUUGGGUCCCCGAUAUGUCGAACUAUGUACCAUGCCAUGUAAUGGUAUGUCAUUGCCACUUCAGCACACUUCAAUCCACUGAGUUAAAUGUCGGUUAUUAUUGUUCUGCUACGGAUCUUCUCGAUGGAUGUCGUACGGAAAUAAAAUUAUUUUCACGUGCUGGUGUUCAAGUCGUAUCGGUAUAACUGAAUGUGUGCGUUUGCGAGCGUUUGCUCACGACUGAUUGGUCCGACGUACGCACACUUAUGCAAUGUGCAUGUAUAUCACUGUAAGUUGUAACCAAAAACAAAAUUCACGCGCGCUCGUGAAUUGCAAGAACUGUACUUGCUAGUAUAAUAUUUAGCUAAAUGUAUGUUUGUAAAAAAAAACACAAUAUGUACAAGUAUAGGUGAAUGAUGUAAAUAUGCAAUUAUUAAUCAUUAUGAUAAUCCAUUUAGGUUUCAAUACAGAAUACUUGGUUAUUAGUACAACACAGAUUAUUCAAUAAGUUUGGACAAAGCCGAACCAUUAUAAUUAUGGUACUAAAUGAAGAGUGUUAAAACAAAUUAUUACUAAUGUUGAAUCUAACCUGUACUUGUAAAAAUUAUUACGUAUAUAGGUAUGUUUGUAAGAAUAAUAAUAAUAAUUAUUAUCAGUCAUAAAAUGUGAUAGUAUUUACAACUUAAUUUAAUGUAUUAAAAUCGAUAUUUACGCACAUAUUAUUGUAUUACGCUUUUGUAUUAAUGAGGCUAUACAUUUUAAUAUAUACCUUUGGUAUGCACUUAUAAAGACUAAAGGUUAUAAACCGUCCAUAGAAUUAUGUCCAUAGUAUUGCAAGAACUUGAAAAAGCUUUCAUAUCAGAAUUGUAACAGAUCCAACUGCAAGUCGAUUCCGAAAAAUGUGCAUCAUUAUUGCAAUCCCAAUUGUUGUGAUUGGCUGAAUUUAUUGGUCUUUUUGGUGCAACAGUGAAUUUUAGCAAAUAGCAACAGAGUGUCAGCCAAUCAGAGGUGAUUGUGAUAGUCACACAGCACACUGUAGCUGUCAAACUACCGCCCUAUACCGCGGUAGGGCCUGAAGCAUCAAAAUGAUAUGAUAAUAUCAAUCACUAAUGGAGAAGUUUCAUGAUAUUUAGAUCACGAUUAAAACAGGUUUUUUUUAAAUUCAUCAACAAAUGAUUGAGAAAUUAAUUAUUAUUUAAGUUUAAGUAUUAAAACGCACAACGAUCGCAGGGGUGUGACGUCAUUUUACCUAGUCGAGGUCUUCACAGUUCACACCACAUCUCACUCAAAUAUUUCUUAGUCACACGUGAGCUCUCAGCUCUUAUUCUUGUUAUUUUACGAACCGUAUUAUUUACUGGUGUGUUAUAGGUGUUUAUACAUUUAUUUAUUACCUUAAAUUUCAUAAAUUAAUUUAUUACCAUAAAAUACGUUUAUUAAUUAUUUUUACCAUAGCACAACUUUGAAGUACUAUAACUUUUUCUUUUCUUGAGAUAUUUUAAUGACUCUUUCAUAUUGAUGUUAUAUUUUACUUAAAUUUUCAAUUUUUAUAAUUAAUUCCUUAAAAGAAUGGAAACUUCUCUAUUGGCGUUCAGAUUUUUGAUUUUAUUGCGAAUUAUAAUGAAUUUAUCAUGUUAUAAUAUCUUUUACUGUAUGUGAUGUAAUGUAUGGACUAUAUCUAAUGUUAUUUAAACUACCAUUGUUUGUAUAUUAUGUUGGUUGUGUCAUAUUAAAAAUAUGUAAAUAUUUAAAGUAUUAUUGCCUAUGUAAAAUGUUGUAAAUAGGUUUUAAUUUAACUUUUUACGGAGGCAACUUGUUUUGUUAAUCGAAUCACGCUCGGCCGUAUUGUUAGUAGAUAUUCCCUUAUGCGAUCGCGAAGCGACUGUGAUUUCUACUUUAUUUUAUUAAAGUAUUAAUAGGUAUAAAUUAUUACUACGUAGUAUUAACGUUACUAAGUUCCUUAAGAAUUUUCUUCACUUAUUUUUUCUUAAUUUCCUAUGGUUGGACACAAAAUGUACAUUUUACAUUUUAAACUACUUAAACUAUGUGUAUAGAAAGUAUUUAUUUAGAAAAACUCUUUGUUUAUGUUACAAUGAUUCAUUUAUGUAGAGGUAAUUUCAUUAUGGUACGAAAUCAACAACAUGCACUUUAUCUUGUAUUAAUUUUUGGUACAAAAAACCUUUUUAUAUCAUUAGUUGUUUAUAGAUACAAUAGAUAAAACCAUUCCAUUAAUAAGCACUUAGUACAUAAAGUAAUUAAUUCAUAUGGGUGAUGAUUGGCUCUGUUUACUGUUAUGUACUGUAACAUAUGUAUGUUAUAAAUUGGGUGUAAUCAGGACUUAGUUAUAUGUUUAAAACUUAAACUAUUUAAAUUUGAAAAAAAUGGUGACAAAACGUUUUAUUUAUGUAUUGACAUUUCACUUUAUUGCACGUCGUUUUUCCUUUAAUAAUAAUUUAGUCUUUAGUACAUGGACGCAUAGUAGCUAGGUGAUAAGAAUAUUUGUGAUUUUACUGUGUAUAUUAUGUACUUACUUAAGUAAACUUGAAAUCAAAAGUAUGGGAUGUUUAUAGAAGUUAAGCUCAAAACAAAUAAUGUAAUUUUGAUUUAUGGGCACAAGUGUUCCUUAGGAUCUUAUUGCUUUUGACGAGUUUUUCGACCUCUGAAGGUUUAAACGCAUUAGCGCUGCGCUGCGCGACGCGGCAGUGCUUUGCUCUGUACAAACUCAUAUCUAAACUAUAUUUGCCGCGUAGUGUCGCUCAAAUGCGCUUUUCUAUAUACAAACUCAUUUAUUUAAAUUAUAUUUGCUGCGCGCCGCAUCGUGCAGCGCAGCUCAAGUUCGUUGGCACAUGGUUGACACCUUUAAAAUUUUUGUCGAAAUACGAAAAACACAAAAAUUGUAAAAAAUCACGAUCGAAGACAUUUGAAGCCGUAAUCCUUGGGGUGGGGAGUUUGAAGAAACUGCUAAGAUCCUAAAAACACUUGCCAAAAAUCAAAAACUAUCUUCGUUAUUUAUUUUGUGGUUCCACUAAAAUACCUUAAUAUCUUGGGCUAAUAAAUUAAUGUUGAUGUAAUUAUUUUAGAAUAUACUUCUUGAGCAAUUA